CUUCAUUUUCCGGGAGAGAGAAUUGUACGAAGUCGAACGUAUACGAUUUUAGGGGAUAUUUCAACGCGUUUAGCGCCGAAAUUUCGUGUAAUGGAAAGAGGUUCAGAUGAUACACAACAACCUUCUUUGUGCCGCAUGGGCUGCGGAUUUUAUGGCUGUUCCUCAACUGAUGGUAUGUGUUCAAAAUGUUUUAAAGAUGCUUUAAGGCGAAAGCAAUCUUCACCAACAACCAGUGCAGCAGCUGUUGUAUCAAAUUCCUCAGCAGGAUUGCCUGAGGAGCCUUGUACCUCUCACCUUCCCCCAACUGAAGAUAGUGCAUCAAGGGAAGUGAGUCCUUCAUCUUCCACUAGUAGUGUUGGAGAAGAAAAUGAUAGUUUAAGACAACCAGAAGCUCAAGCUGAGGCAUCUACGUCUGAUAACAAGGACAAAGCUAAAACCAAAAGAAAUAGAUGUUUUAUGUGUCGUAAAAAAGUAGGAUUAACCGGAUUUGAAUGCAGAUGUGGGAAUGUCUAUUGUGGCCUUCACAGAUAUUCUGAUAAACAUGACUGCAGCUUUGAUUACAAAGCCGAUGGCAGGGCCAAGAUAUCAAAAGACAAUCCUGUUGUUGUUGGCUCAAAGAUUCAGAAAAUUUAAGUUAAUGCAAACUCAAGUAAGAAUGCUCAAGUGAAAGGAUUUGAUCAGCUGCCUUGUUAAUUAGUAAUGUAACUGAUUUUAUUGCUCAAAAGACAGUCCUUAGAUGUGAGUAAAUGUAACUUAAAUGUGUAACUUGCAUGAGAUGUAUCUUGUGACACGUUUGUGGAGUCCAAAAGCAGUGUCAAGUGAUUUCUAUAACUGUGAUAUCUCAUUUUCUGUAGCAAUUCCUUUCAAAAUACUUAAUUCUUUCUCAGCAGUUUUAAGAGCCAUGUCAUGUAACAGGUUGAAUCUUGGUAUUAACUAUUACACUUAAGUUUAGAUUUUAUGUGGGAGACAUAAUGAAGGUAAUACAAAUAUUGAUUACAAGAUUAUUGCUCUAUGUAACUAUUGUAGAAAUCUUUUGUUAAAUAUCACCAAGUCCAGUUUAUUUUGUGUCUGUGUACCAAACAGGAGAAAUACAAUCUCAUAGCAUGCUUUGAAUUUCUUCAACCCUUCUACCAUGUUGCAGUUUCUUGUGUAACAGGUAUCUAUAGGAGGUUUAAGCAUUCCCUCUCUUCUUUGUAGUUAUGAUAUAUAAUCAUGUUAUUCUUCCAAAAAUGCUUUCUUUGUUUUUCCAAAUUAUUACAAGAAAAAUUAUCACUGCAUAACUCCUUAUAUGACAUGCCAGGUUCCUGCAACGACUUUAUCUGUCAGCAGACAAGGCAUAGGGAACUUAAAAGCUAGUUUCAGGAAUUUUGAACUGCAGUAUUCCUAUGGAAUUUUUUCUGCAUAGAUGGCUAGAAUUUAAAACUAAAAAUUGGCAGUAGAGGCUGUCUUAAUGGUGGGUAAGCUGUGUAAAAACAAAACAAUGAAUUAAUUUUGGACAUUCUCUGUGCAGCUCAAGCAUUUAACUCUUAAAAAAUAGUAUUAACUCCUUUUUUCAAUGGACAUAUUAGUAUAGACAUGGUUUUUUUAGUUACUAUAACUUGAGUCUUACAUAUUGCAUAUUCUUUAUCGCGUCUUCUGCAUUACUGCUUGUAUGUAGCAUUAGGCUUAAGUUGAUAUUUGUUAGUCAAUUAAUUGUGCAUUCCUAUGUGUGAACACAUUCACAGCAGAGGUUUUAAAUGUGAAUACUAGUUAGUAUGAACAUUGGUAGCAUGUAGACCUUGCUGAGUCAUGGCCAGGGAAUGAGACAACCACUAGAAGCUCACAGUACACCAUCUCCCAAUUAGAAGCAAGAAUUUCCAAAAAAAAUCAGUUCUACCUAGUUAUUAAAUUUGGAGCUUUUGGAAAGGAGCAAGUCCCUCACAGAGGCUUUCAUGUCAGGCUGUGCUACAAUAUUUUAUUCUACGAUCCCUCUAAUCCUAAACAUUUUUUAGACAAAAAAAUUAAAUUAAAAAAAAAAUAACAAUUGCAGUUGAUUGUGAAGCUGGUGUACUCUCAGCACACAGAAAGUGAUUGCAUGUAGUAAUUAACAUUCACCUUGCUAAGUCUUGUUUGUCAACCUGUGCAGCAUGUACAUUUUUAGUAACUUGGUUUUCCUUUCUCAGGUUGGCAAGUGAUUAUUCAGUCAUUUAUUUGCAUUAAUUUCUUUCACUUAUUGCAUCAGCAGAAAGUUAUUUUCUAUAGUCAUUAGGUAGUUGCUUGUGAGGUGAUAAAAAUAUUUAAUGAGUUGCAAAAUCUGGAAGAUUUUGAUUUUUUUUUUUCCCAAAUCAUCACUUGGGUUUCUUUGUAUUAUAUUUACAUGGUAAGGAGAAUUUCAAGUUGGAUUAAGUUCACCCAUGGGAAUGUCACAGUGGUGGGUGGGGCUGGGUAAAGAAAGCUAUUAACAGAUAUUGAUAUUUUGUACAGUACUUAGUGAUAAAAUAAUUGAGACUUACAUAACAAUGAGAUUCUGUAUGUAUGUAAUGUAACACAAAUUGAUAACAUUGAAAAGUCCACGGAUUUUCGUAUAAUAUUAUGCAGUGUAAAAAAUGGUAAUUAUGGCUACGUUUCUGUAAGUGAUUGCUUUGAAGAGAGUUGCUGUAAUCUGUUGGCCUUUGAGAUUGUUUCACUUACAGCAUUGUGUGUUUUUCUUACGGGUUGUGUAAUGCAAGCUUUUCUCUGUUGUCAAAUAAUAAUAAAUUUCUCAUUGCUAUAUCAGU